AUGGAUGUCGUCAUACGUGAAACAUCUUCGCAAAUAUCAGCUCAAAAAGUAUCGACAAUUCCGAAAAAGGUGCCACCACGUGUCUUGAAUGCAUCAUCAUCACCAUCUUUGAAAUCAAAAAUGGUUCUUCGUAAAUGGAAUUGUAAUAUUUGUUAUACAGAAGAAGCACCGCAACCCGUUGAACUACCAUGUUGUCAUGUGAUAUGUUUAACGUGUUUACGUAAAAUAGUUGAAUUAUCAGCAUUGACUUGUCCGUAUUGUCGUUAUCGUUUAUCAGUAUGGUUACGUCGAAAUAAAGAUUAUGAAAAACUCGUUAUUGAAGUACCAAAAGAAAAAUAUUUUGGUCGUCCUCGUGGUCGUCCACGAUUAAAUAAAAAAGCAAAAUUAGUUAAAAAAAAUGAUCCACAAUCAUUAAUUGAAAACGAUCGUAUUUUUGCUCGGCGUCUUGCACGCGAACAAGAAAAAGAAUUUUAUCGUUCAUGGCGUUUUCGAACACGUUCAAUGAAAAAAUCAGAACAUUAA